AUGACUUACAGCACAUUAUUCUAUUACAUUUUCAAUUGCAAGCUGUCACUUGCUACUGAAAAACCUCCAGCCAAUAUUGUUAAUAUAUCACACCAUUCAUCCCAAUGCAUUCACAUGCAGCCUCUGAUGCUUAUUGUUUAACAAAUUAGUAGGUGAAGCUUGUCAGCUUCCAAAGCUUCAGAAGGCAGAAUUUAAAAAUAAAACCUGAUGCUUAUUGGUAUUUAACUUUCACCAAUUAACAAGUCAUGUGAGGCUGCCUACCAAUUAACACAAGUCAAACAAGCUUCAGCUUCUAGAUCAUCAAAAUAGCAGGGGCAUUCCGAGAAUUGAACUCGGGACCUCUCGCACCCUAAGCGAGAAUCAUACCACCAGACCAAAUGCCCUGUUUCUACUUAUAUUAAACAGUCCUGGUGAAAUUAUUUAGGGAGCAUUCUAAAGUUAUAACAUUGCUUCUAACUUGUACAUCUGAUUUUACCACGUGUUUUACCAUAAGUUGAAACAUUACUUGUGCUUUUAAUGUUGUUUCAUAUGAGCAGGGUGCUGAAAUUCAUCAAUGAUAAAAAUGUUUGUGCUUCAUGCUCUCUUGGAAAAGCCCCACCAAUAUACAACAGCUGUUGAUUGGAUUUGAAACAUUUUAAAUCAAAGAUCUGAAGCUCAAGUUCUGUAACAUGGAUCUAUUUGAAUGUUGUAUUACAGACUAAACCAAGCUGAUUGAAGUGACUUCUGUUAGUGCCAUACGAGUUUUUCUUCUUCAUUUUUGACUGGCUCACAUCAAAUCAGACAUGUAAUCUGAUAUAUAUUUAUGUAGACUACCACCGUACCACGUAUUACAUGAGCGUUGUAAAUUAUAAUGUAAGAUACUUUGCUAAUGCUACAGUAAAAUGGACUCCAGUAAAUAAUUGUGUUCGUACAUUUAUUUUGAAGAUUGAUAUUUUUAUCACCAGGCAUGAUUGACAACAAUUCAUGACCUCCUUCCUAUUUCAAUUUGGAGUAAUACUGUAGAUGUAGUAAUAUUACUAUGGAAAAAACUUAGGUGUUGUUCUUUAUGUGUUAUUAGUGUUUUUACACAAUAAAAUCAAAGUUGUAUUUUAGUAAUUUGUCAUAACAUUAAAUAUAAAUAUUUUGUUAUAAGUAAAACUCUACUUUUAAUUAGUAUACAGCACUAACAGUAUCGAAAUAACUAUAAGUUUUCUCCUAUUACUUAAUUGUUGUAAUCGAGACAUGAGAUUUGUGUUGUGACUGAUGCUUGCAAACUUGUGGAGAUGUGUGGAAAUCAUAGCAACUGCUAUGUGCAGGCAAGGAUCUAAUACUGUACUUUGAUUCACUUCUUUUCUUUGGCAGAAAAAAUGCGACUGCGUGUAUUCCUUUCUGGCUGACAAUGCAGAGCAGGUCCUUGGCCUAGUAAAUGGCAAAACACAUUUAAGAAUAAGAAUUGCGCUGACUUUGCUGUAAUAAAAACAGGGGCAUUCCGAGAAUCGAACUCGAGACCUCUCGCACCCAAAGCCAGAAUCAUACCACUAGACCAAAUGUCCAUAAUGUUAUAUGUCAGCUUGAUGUCUUUUCAAUGUUAAAAUCUUCAUGCAUCUUACGUGGUUUGCAGUUUUAUUUUUUAGCAAGAUUUCUACAGUUGACUAGAUCUACUUACUGAACGCACAACUAUCAGCCUUUCUUUAAUGUUGCCAACAGUGCAACCAAUGCUACUUUUAUGGAAAUGGGACCACUUUAUGAAGCUUAAGUGUUCUUCUAGUGAAGGUAUCAAAAGAGAGUUAGUUCACUUAUUUACCAUGGUUUUACUUUUUAUAUUUUAAGAUCAAGUAUGAUUCACAACAGAGUGUUCUACUACAUUUUCAGCGGCAAGCUGUCACUGGUACUAGGAAACUUCCAUCUUUAACUGUUCAUGUAUCACAUCAUUCACCCCAAGGCAUUCACACGCAGCCCUUGAUGGUCAUUGUUAUUUUACUAAACCAGUUAACAAGUCAAGCUUGUCAGCUCUGAGAACAUAAAAAAGCUGAAAUUUAAAAAUAAAAAAUGAUGAUUGUUGAUGUAGUUUAACAUCAGUUAAUAACAAGUCAAGCUCCAUAAACUAGGAAAAACAAUCAAGGGGCAUUCCGAGAAUCGAACUCGGGACCUCUCGCACCCAAAGCGAGAAUCAUACCACUAGACCAAAUGCCCUUUUGUGUUAUCUUUUUAGUUUCUAAACAUACUUUGUGGCAAAAACAUUUUAUGUGACCAUCAAAUCCUUGCCAAAAACUGUAAACGAACAAAUGACAGUGUUUCUAAUAGUCAUAUCAAAUAGGAUCUUAUUGGAUGAAUUUUCUGAUCAGGACGGAACCAAAAAAGGACAUUCACAUUAGAAUCUUGUCAACCUUGGAUAUCAUAGUUCAUCAAACUAUAAAUCACAACACACUUUUAUAAAGUAAUGCAUGCCCCUACAAUGGUGAGAUUGAGGCUUCACUUAGAUCUCUACCUAAUGCACCCAUUCUUAUUGUUGAAUUACUAAAACUAGAGCAUCUGUUUAAUUAUGAUAGAAGGAAACUUAGCAGGCAGUUAGCUUCAGUAACUUCACUGUUUUUAUUGUCUUCACACUGCUUUUCCUACAUUAAAAAAACUGAAUUCGACAAUAAAAUAUUGCAAAUGCAAACAUAUUUCUUUUUUAUUAGUACUUGCUUACAAGAAAGAUAGAUAUUAAAAUUAUGGUAAAGACUUUUCUAAAAUGAGUUUGCCAAUAAAAUGUAUAGGUAUGCAUUCAACUUUAUCUAAAUUUAGAGUAUUUGUUGAUAUAACUUAGACGUAAUAAUAUUCAAAGCCUGAUACACCCUUUACCUAGAGGGUUUUUUUUUUUGUUUUUACAAAAGAAAGAAAAACAACUUAAAGAGGUAUGAGAUAAUCAUAUUCCUUUGAAUUCGGACAAUAUGAUUGUCGGGGUAGCCAACUACACUGGAUCUACAUUCUAAAUAAAUCUUGUUAAUCUCAUCCACAGUUUACAAACAACUCAUCGCAACAUUCGCAUAAAUAAUCUCUUUCAAGACCAUGCGCAAUUCGCUGUCCACAAUUCUCUUUUUCUAUUUUCGGUUUCUUUGGCUUCUUUUAUCUCCUCUUCUCAUACUCAUUUUCUUGUAGGAAGCGGAAAGAGAUUAGAGAAGCACAGGGGGUAAGGGAAACUUUGGCAAAGGAAAUCCUUCCCAAAGUGUCCAACUUUCCUCCCUCCCUCUUUCUCUCUUUGUUGUGCUUGCUCUUUUGAUCAGGGUUUGGUGGUUUGUGGAUCUAGGAAGCCAUGGCAACUUUUGCAGGAACCACACAGAAGUGCAUGGCUUGUGAGAAAACGGUGUACCUUGUUGAUAAGCUAGCAGUAGAUGGCCGUAUCUAUCACAAGGCCUGCUUCCGAUGCCACCAUUGCCGGAAUACCCUUAAGCUUGGCAACUACUGUUCUUUUGAGGGGGUGCUCUACUGCAGACCUCACUAUGAUCAAAUCUUCAAGCGAACUGGCAGCCUGGACAAAAGCUUCGAAGGAACACCCAAAAUUCAGAAACCAGAAAAACCGAUCGCUGAUAGUGAGAAUACUAAGGUUCUCGCAAACGUGUUCUUGGGAACCAGAGACAAAUGUGUGGGUUGCAAGAAGACAGUCUAUCCCACUGAGAGGGUUACGAUUAAUGGGACUCCCUACCACAAGAGCUGCUUCAAAUGUACCUAUGGAGGUUGCACAAUAAGCUCAUCAAACUUUGUUACACACGAGGGGAAGCUCUAUUGCAAACACCAUCACAUUCAACUCUUCAAAGAGAAAGGGAAUUACAGUCAGCUUGAGAAUGAUCAAGUUGCUACCACGGAAAUCGCUGCUUAG